GCAGUGAGGCCGCGGCAGACGGUCAGAUCUGCAUACACUACCGCCCGUCCAGCUGGGUGUCCAGCCGGAGGCGCCGAGGGCAGUCAGUCGGGACAGGGCGGACCUGCAGACUGGUGGCAGCGGCGCGCUGCUGCUGGGACGGCCGGCGGUUGCUGCUCUGUGCUGCAGUAAACGGCUGCACUGCAGUACACGGGCACUCUGCACUGCAGUGCACGGUUACUCUGCGCCGGAGUUCACCGUGAGGUGGAGCAAAGAAGUGCCUGAUACGCUCGUCCGGAAGAUUUGGGUAUAGCUAAACUUUAUUUCGCAGGUGUCUCACCAUGCUCAGCGUCCCCCUACUGACGCUGGCCGGACUGGCAGCCCUGGCGGCACCAGUCCUCACCCAGGGAGGUGGCAUCAGCACCGCGAGGGUCGACCUCUACCAGGGGGACCCCCACGUGGUCCACUUGGACAACGUGACGUUCUAUGGCGCGCUGCUGGACAAGCCACACGCCUGGGCGAUGGAGUUCUAUAUGGACUGGUGCGGUCACUGUCAGCGGUUUGCACCCAUCUGGUCCGAGGUGGCACGCCGGGCCAAAGACUGGGGCACCGUGAUCAAAGUGGGCGCCAUCAACUGCGCGCGUCGCCGCAACAGCGCCAUCUGCCGCACGUUCGGCAUCCACGGGGUGCCACAGGUGCGGCUGUUCGGGCCGCGGGUGCGGCGCGGCAUGCCCGGCCUCUCCGGGAUCCAGCACGAUCCAGAUCGGAUGGUGGGGGUCCUGAUCGAGUUCGUCACCACCAUCCAGAGCCGGCAGCAGCCCGAGGGCUGGCCGACCCUGACCGAACACAGAGGCUCGGCGCGACAGCUUCUGCGGAACCCGGAGCCCCUGCAGGCUCUGAUUCUGGAGGAGGUCGGUCGCUCGAUGGGCCGCUCCGUUCAGUUGGACCUCAGCUCGCAGCAGCACCUUGUGCGCGUCUCUCGGACCGCGCACCUACCGGCCGACCUCACCCAAAAACCGAGCUCGCUACCUGCGCUGGUGCUCAUGCGUCCGGACGGCUCCCAGGAGCUGGUGACCGCCAAACCUGGCCAGGACCCCAGGGCCCUGUUCAGCGCUGUGAUCCGUCGGAACAUCGGCCUCAUGGAUAUCCCUUCGACCACUGUCGCUUCGACGGCUGCUCCGGCGCCGACGCCUGCGCCAACUCGCGCUCCGGCAGACAAGGUGUUCAUGGUCGACAUGGAGAACGCGAUCGUCGUGGCGCUGAAGCAGGAGGUCAUUAGCCACAACGUGAUCGAAGGAGAGGCUCUGGAGGCGCUCCGAGGGUUCUUGCGCAUGCUGCUGGACCUGUUCCCGGGCCGGAGUCACCUGAUGAGCUCGCUUCAGCAGGUGCUCGGCUCCAUCACCGGUCCGGAGCGGAUCUCCGGGGAGGCGCUGGAGAGGCUCCUCAAGUCCUCCUCGCCGUGGUGGCCCGGCCUGCCGGAGCUGCAGCCGUACCAGGCGUGUCGCGGCUCGCGGCCCAACUAUCGCGGCUACAGCUGCGGCCUCUGGACGCUAUUCCACUCGCUGACUGUGCAGGAGCUGCGCAAUGUUCCGGAGGGCAGGAAUGCUACAGUGCUGCCCGCUGUCCACGGAUACGUCAAACACUUCUUCAGCUGCAGGCACUGCUCUAGGCAUUUCCAGCAGAUGGCCGCCGAAGACGGUCUGUUCAACGUCUCUUCGACGGAAGACUCACUCCUGUGGCUGUGGCGUGCCCACAACAGAGUGAACGGCCGUAUCGCCGGAGACGUCACGGAAGACCCGCUGCACCCCAAACGCCAGUUCCCCGACAGGAAACUGUGUCCGUACUGCUUCGUCGGAGACCAGUAUGACACGUACGAGGUUAUCGAUUUUCUGCUGCAGUUUUACGCGGCAGAGAAGUUCCACGGUGAAGGGCUGGACCCAAUGCCCGUGGCUAAUCUUCCUCCGCAGACUCAUGCUUCGCACGAUGCAGCCAGCCGAUCGGGGCCACCCAGAGAAACGCAAACCGCCCUGUCAUCGCAGCAGCAGGAGCGAAGAAGCGGCUCUUCCGGAGGUCAGCUCUUCAGCCAGCGUCAGCCCGCAGCAGGCAGAGGUCAGCAGCCUCCGGAGAGACCUGCCGCUCCGGCUCAGUCUGAAGACCAGCGCGGCUCGGAGUCGGUACUCUCCGUGCUGACGAAACAGACACACCACCCAGUGCGUGCCAACCUGCCGCCGCCAGCCGUCCUUCCUCCUCAGCCAGGCCACUCGGAGGUCGUCCCCGGCAUCAUGCGCUUCCCCUCCGAGAUGCUUCACGUGCUCCCGACAGUAGUACGCGCCUCCCCUGCCGAAGAGUCGGAGAUCACUCCUGGUCUGGGCACCAGUCGGAGCCGCACGCAGCGACGCGUCACCUACACUCGGCCGAGGGUGGUGUACUCUCGCCCGAGGGUGGUGUACUCUCGCCCGAGGGUGGUGUAUACUCGGCCGAGGGUCGUGUAUACCAGGCCUCGUGUGGUGUUUGCACGACCUCCAGACACGCUGCCGCAUGUGGCUGGUCCUGCAGGGGUUCCUUACCAUGGCGGCAGGGUACCUGUUCAGGGGACUCAUCGUGCUAUGCACUCAUCGCGCACCUAUUGGACGGGAGAUGGGUAUUGAUCUGAGCGAUGGUGCCUGGUGGAAUCGAGAAUAUUCACGCUGAUAGCGGGGCAAGUACCUACCAUGUCUUUAUACUGUCAAUGAACGUUUAUACUGGUAUGUACAUAGUAAGACAGCUUAACCCGCUCUACUAGCCUAUCAGUGUUUGAUGGAGCCUGUAUCUAGGUAUAGAUGCCUAGAUAAGUCGCCAAUCGAAAGACGAUAUUCCCUGUACCUAGCGCUACGUAUGUAGCGCUAGCUACUGUUAUUUAUGCGGGCAUUUUGAUCAUUUACCUAGUUCGUUCGUUCAUACUGGUGUGUUUUCCUCCUGUCGACAGGGUUUGGAAAUAAAUACCUUAUAUGGUACCUAAAUCUCCUA